GAGAGAGAGAGAGAGAGAGAGAGAGAGCUAGCAGGCUAACCGACUAACAGAGAGAGAGAGAGAGAGAGAGAGAGAGAGAGAGAGAGAGAGAGAGAGAACAGGGGGAUCUCGACUCCAAAUUGUCGGCUUAAAAAGACAUUUUGGAUCCGGAGAGAGGUGGCUGUCGGAGGUCGUCGUGGGAAGAGAGAGAGAAACGGAGGACCAGAAAAGAACCGGCCGGUGGCACGUCAAGCGGAUGACAAGCUUUUACAUACAAAGGAGAAUAAAUACGUUGAAGAGGCAGCUAUAUGUGGCAUAAAGAGAAUUAAAUGUUUACCGUGGAUGGACGCCUGGCCUGGUCGAGGGUUCAGAUUUGCAGUCUGAUCGUCCGAUUUGACCACUGAGCUACUUUGGGACACAAUGCUGAGAUAAAAACAACACUGGUCAGUCAGACCUUUGUUUUGGUAACCAGUGUGGCCAUAAAAGACUCGGGAUAGGGACCAAGGGUUUCGUGCCAAAAUAUAAAAACAGUGUUAUUCCGUCUGGAUAUAUGCGACACAGCAUAGUUGUAUUUGUAGUGUGAUGCCACGUUAUUUAUCAUGAUUUUGAACGCAGGAGUCUGAAGGAUUUGUGAUUUCGGCUAGCCGGAAAGCUAGCAGGCUAACCGACUAACAGUUAGCCUCUCUGAGUUAGCAAGAUACCUCGAUCAGUGGGGGCGAUUAAACGGCAUAUACCGGAUUUGUUUUGAGUUCAAAUGGAUUCAUUAUUGCGAUUUGGUCUUAUUUAAAAGAAAUAUAAAUUGAGGCUCAAUGGGUUUACUUUUUCCUUUAUAGUUGUUUUGUUAGCCGUGUGGCUGUUGUGGGACUCAAUGCUCAGCUGAUAGGACAGAUAAGAUCUUAAAUUACGAGUAAAACAAAUAACUCGUGCAUUUGAAAAUGACUAAACUUUACUAACAUCUGUUGAUAUGUAAGUAAGAAUCUACAGUUCGUGCUGUCAGAUAACACAUCUUACUGUUUAGUUGGCAAAGCCAAGAAAAGCAUUAGGAGACGAUCCUCAGACAGCUAAAGAGUUAGUCAGCGUUAAGAGGCCUUUUCUUAACAUUUUAUCAGUAAAAAAAGACGUUUAAAGAGUUAAACCACAACCAAGGCCCAAGCUAUAAACCCUUGUCGGGUUUUUUGUAAAACACUUUAAGUUACACUUAAAAGCUAAGGCACAUUUUCUUUAGAAAACACUUGGUUUUAAUUUUGUCAUGGGUUGUGUCAUUUGGGUGGUUUAAUAAAAACUAGACCCCUGCAAUCUCCACCAACUGACUCGGUGCACAUUAUAUAAAACCAUGGAUUAACGCCACAUACCUAGACGGCUAAAGGUUAAACACGACCGCAGUGAUGCGCAAGUGCUUCAUUUGGACACCGUAAAUAUAUUUAGUAGAGAGAGGCAGCAAGACUUUGCAGAGCUCCCCUCACUGUUUUGGUCGAGUGUGAGUUUCCCCUCCCCCUGCUGUAACUCGCCCUGGUGCGAGUGUCAGUCUCUCAAAACAACAAAAGCCAAGAGGCACGUUAAGUUGAGGUGCUCGGUUCUCCGGUAACGGCACACGGCGGAUGUGAUGGAACUGAUGUUCGCCGAGUGGGAAGACGGGGAGAGGUUCUCCUUUGAAGACUCGGACCGUUUCGAGGAGGACUCUCUGUGUUCAUUCAUAUCAGAGGCUGAAAGUCUUUGCCAGAACUGGAGAGGAUGGAGGAAGCAGUCUGCCGGUCCAAAUUCACCCACUGUGAAGAUUAAAGAUGGUCAGGUCAUCCCUCUGGUGGAGCUGUCAGCCAAACAGGUGGCAUUUCAUAUUCCGUUCGAGGUGGUGGAAAAGGUCUAUCCUCCCGUUCCUGAGCAGCUGCAAUUGAGAAUUGCAUACUGGAGCUUCCCAGAGAAUGAAGAGGACAUCAGAUUAUACUCAUGUCUGGCCAACGGCAGCCCGGAUGAGUUCCAGCGCGGCGAGCAGCUCUAUAGGGUGAGAGCUGUGAAAGAUCCUCUGCAGAUAGGUUUCCACCUCAGUGCCACAGUAGUGUCGCCCCAGGCUGGCCAAUCAAAAGGAGCCUAUAAUGUGGCUGUUAUGUUUGACCGCUGCCGCAUCACUUCCUGCAGCUGCACCUGUGGAGCAGGAGCUAAAUGGUGCGCCCACGUCGUUGCCCUCUGCCUCUUCAGAAUUCACAAUGCAUCUGCGGUGUGUCUCCGAGCACCUGUGUCAGAGUCCCUGUCCAGAUUACAACGGGAUCAACUUCAGAAGUUUGCACAGUACCUCAUCAGUGAACUCCCACAACAGAUCUUACCGACAGCUCAGCGUCUCCUGGAUGAGCUCCUUUCUUCCCAGUCUACUGCUAUUAACACCGUGUGUGGAGCUCCGGAUCCUACCGCAGGCCCUUCAGCUUCUGACCAGAGCACUUGGUAUUUAGAUGAGUCCACCCUCAGUGACAACAUAAAGAAAACCCUGCACAAGUUCUGUGGCCCAUCACCUGUUGUAUUUAGUGAUGUGAACUCCAUGUAUCUAUCAUCCACUGAGCCUCCCGCAGCCGCGGAAUGGGCUUGUUUGCUGAGACCUCUGCGAGGAAGAGAGCCAGAGGGCAUCUGGAACCUUCUGUCCAUCGUCAGAGAGAUGUUCAAGAGGAGGGACAGUAACGCUGCUCCUCUUUUAGAGAUCCUCACCGAACAGUGUCUCACCCAUGAACAGAUUAUUGGUUGGUGGUACAGUGUGAGGACAUCUGCCUCUCACAGCAGUGCCAGCGGGCACACAGGCCGCAGUAAUGGCCAGACAGAGGUGGCAGCGCAUGCCUGUGCCAGUAUGUGUGAUGAAAUGGUGGUCUUAUGGAGAAUGGGAGUGUUAGAUCCAACCAUGAGCCCACAGAGGCGUUUAGAACUUGCUGCCCAGCUGAAGCAGUGGCACCUAAAAGUUAUAGAGAUAGUGAAACGUGGACAGCAUCGCAAGUCCUUGGACAAACUCUUCCAAGGCUUCAAACCAGCUGUGGAAUGCUGCUACUUCAACUGGGAAGUCGCCUAUCCGUUACCUGGCAUCACCUAUUGCGGUGCGGAUAAGAAAAAUGCCUCAUUUUGUUGGUCCAGGGCAAUGCAGCACCUCCGAACUAAAGCUGGGGCUACUGGGGAUUCUCAAGAUCCUGGAACCCGCAGCGGGAUGUCUGAAGCUAAUUCCGCCGAACACAAGUCACGGAGCAGCUCCCACCCUCCCCAGCAGGAAGUGGCUGUCCGACCUAAAGAGACCUUGGUGAGCAAGAGAAAAGGAGUGUCGGGGGUCAACAGCACCAGUGGUGGGGUGUUGGUGCGUCUGGGCGGUGGGGUUGCUCUCUCUCUUGAGGAGGGAGGAAAAGGCAUGUAUAAAUCCGGCUCCUCUCCAUCAACUGGUAGCAAAACCAAGCUAACACAAAGCAACAAGGGCUCGUGUGGAAGUUCAAGUGGCCUCGGUGGGAAGCACCCUAGCGCUAAACGGCGAACCAGCAGCGAGGACAGUUCUCUAGAGCCUGAUAUGGCAGAGUUGAGUCUGGAUGAUGGCUCCAGUCUGGCACUUGGGGCAGAGGCCAGUAACACUUUUGAUUUCCUUCCACCUCCGCCUGAGAUGCUACCUUCACCCAGCCCCCUUCUUCGCGAGCCACGCAAAUUCGGCAGCAGCGGCGCUUCGAAGGAUCGCCCGUUUGAGACUAAACGUGCACCACAAUCUGCUCCUGAUGGCCAUACCUGCUUUUCGAAAGAGAGCUCCAUGACGGCCUCGGUUGUGGUAGUUAUGGAGAAAGAGGUUGAGGUAGAGGCAGAUCUGGAUGAGAAUGGAGGAGAUGAGGACCCGGUUGAUGAUGCUCAGCCCUCUGCGUCGACCACCGGCAAGGCUCAGCAAAGCCGGAUAGAGGGAGAUGGGAGUGGGGCUUCAGGAGGGUCUCCUGGACCACAGGCAGCUGAGGCGGUGGCUGGUGGAGAUGCAGUGGGUGAUGAUGACUAUCAAGCAUACUACCUUAGCGCUGCAUCGGAAGAGGGAGUGGAGAGAGGGGUUGCGGAUAGCAACCAUGAGGAAGAACCGGACAUCUUUGCUGGGAUUAAACCUCUGGAACAAGAGGGCAGGAUGGAGGUGCUGUUUGCCUGUGCUGAGGCUCUUUAUGCUCACGGCUACAGUAAUGAGGCGUGCCGAUUGGCUGUCGAACUUGCUCGAGAUCUUCUGGAUAAUCCACCCGACCUCAAGGUGGAGCAGCCCCAGACAAAGGGUAAAAAGAGCAAGGUGUCAACCACUAAACAGACUCAGGUGGCCACAAACACCCUGUCUAAAGUAGCCUUCCUGCUAACUGUGCUGAGUGAGAGACUGGAGCUCCAUAACCUGGCCUUCAACACUGGCAUGUUCUCUCUGGAGAUGCAGAGACCUCCCGCUUCUACUAAAGCCCUUGAGGUAAAGCUGGCAUAUCAGGAGUCAGAGGUGGUGGCUCUGCUGAAGAAGAUUCCUCUUGGGAUUGUAGAAAUGACUUCCAUAAGGGACAGAGCUGAGCAGCUCCGUGAUGGAAACUUCUGCGACUAUCGGCCUGUUCUGCCCCUCAUGCUUGCUAGCUUCAUAUUUGAUGUGCUGUGCACGCCCGUGGUGUCUCCCACGGGCUCUCGACCUCCUAGCCGUAACCGUAACAACGAGAUGCCUGGCGACGAGGAGCUGGGCUUUGAGGCUGCUGUAGCAGCUCUUGGUAUGAAAACUACAGUUAGCGAGGCAGAGCAUCCUCUCCUCUGUGAGGGGACACGGAGAGAGAAAGGAGACCUGGCUCUGGCGCUGAUGAUCACGUAUAAAGAUGACCAAAGCAAGUUAAAAAAGAUUCUCGAUAAGCUCCUUGAUCGUGAGAGCCAGACCCAUAAGCCUCAGACUCUGAGCUCCUUUUACAGCAAACCAGCCAACAGCAGUCAGAAGAGCCCAUCCAAACAUUCCACCCAUGGUACCAGUGGUGCCACGGGCGGAGUGUCAAAGCACGGCCCGUCAGCAUCAUCGGCCGCUGUGCAGGGUGUGAGCAGUGGGGGAGCGGCGGCACAGCAGGGAGGUUUAACGGGUGGAGUUCAGAGCUCAGCGUCAGGAGAAGGAGUCGGUGACAAUAGAGAUCAAGAGGGUGCGCAGUCCUCCUCCUGUGAGCAGCAGAGCGAGGCUGCACCCUUCAAGCCUGAGGGCACUGUGCCCAGCCGUCUGGCGCUGGGGGGCCGCGGGGCAUACAGCACACGCUGCUGGGGAUCACCUGUACGGCAGAAGAAGAAACACACGGGCAUGGCAAGCAUUGACAGUAGCGCUCCAGAGACCACCUCAGACAGCUCCCCUACUCUCAGUCGACGCCCACUUCGAGGGGGUUGGACAGCUGCUUCCUGGGGGAGAGGACAGGACAGUGACAGCAUCAGUAGCUCUUCCUCCGAUUCACUGGGCUCGUCAUCAUCCAGCGGCUCACGCAGAGCCGGAGGAGGAGCCAGAGCCAAGAGUACUGACACCAGCAGGUAUAAAGGCCGUCGGCCUGAAUGCCACGCUCCACAUGUGCCCAACCAACCAUCUGAGGCAGCUGCCCAUUUUUAUUUCGAGCUGGCCAAGACUGUGCUGAUUAAAGCUGGAGGAAACAGCUCCACCUCCAUCUUCACUCAACCCUCUGCCAGCGGAGGCCACCAGGGGCCCCACCGCAACCUGCAUCUGUGUGCCUUUGAGAUUGGCCUGUAUGCCCUCGGCCUGCAUAAUUUCGUGUCUCCAAACUGGCUGUCAAGAACUUAUUCGUCACAUGUUUCGUGGAUUACAGGCCAAGCCAUGGAGAUUGGAAGCGCUGCCCUCAACAUCCUAGUGGAAUGCUGGGACGGGCACCUGACUCCUCCAGAGGUGGCAUCACUUGCGGACCGUGCAUCUCGAGCACGGGACCCCAACAUGGUGCGUGCUGCAGCAGAACUGGCCUUGAGCUGUCUGCCGCAUGCUCACGCCCUCAACCCCAAUGAGAUACAGAGAGCUCUGGUCCAGUGCAAAGAACAGGAUAAUGCAAUGUUGGAGAAGGCUUGCAUGGCGGUUGAGGAGGCAGCAAAGGGAGGAGGCGUUUACCCUGAGGUUUUGUUCGAGGUGGCCCAUCAGUGGUACUGGCUGUAUGAGCAAACAGUGGGCGGUGGCUCAGGUGCCCAUCGAGAAGGUUCUGGACGCUGCGGGGCCAACGGUGGAGCAGGGAGAACGCCCCCCGAAGGAAGCUGCGGUAUCCUCGAUAACCCCGGAGUCAUGGAUUCAUCAGGUGUUGCUGCAGUGACCACGACGGUGACUGCAGCUGCCGUAGUACCCGUCAUUUCUGUCGGUUCCACCAUCUACCAAUCGCACGCGCUGCCGGGUUCAGCCAUGGCGCACGCGCCGGGCCUGCAUCCGUACACCACCAUUCAAACGCAUCUUCCUACCGUCUGCACCUCGCAGUACCUGGGCCACCCGCUUCAGCACGUGCCCCGUCCUGCCGUCUUCCCUCUGUCUGGGGCUGCAUUCCCACAAGGAAUGCACCCUGCCUUCAUCGGCGCUCAAUAUCCAUUCUCUGUGGCCACUGGCCCUCAUCCUCCUAUGGCAGCAACCGCUGUCACUUUCCCUGGAGUUCCUGUGCCUUCCAUGACUCAGAUUGCCGUCCACCCAUAUCAUGCUGCUGAGGCAGCCCUGCCUCUUACCACUACUGUGGCAGGAGGGAUACACGCAGGCUCCACCAUCCAGGCCAUUCAGGGGGCAUCUCUUCCAGGACUCUCGUCCCAGCCGGCAUCACUGGUCAGCGCGGCCUUUCCCAUGGAAGACGAGCAGCACAGCCAACCGAUCAGCCAGCAGGGACUGCACUAUCUGCACUCGGCCUACAGAGUCGGAAUGCUGGCCUUGGAGAUGCUGGGAAGGAGGGCCCACAACGAUCAUCCCAACAACUUCUCCCGCAGUCCCCCAUACACAGAAGACGUCAAAUGGCUGCUGGGUCUUGCUGCACGUCUCGGCGUGAACCAUGUGUACCAGUUCUGCGUGGGGGCUGCAAAAGGCGUUCUGAGUCCGUUUGUCCUGCAGGAGAUCAUUAUGGAGGCUCUGCAGAGGUUAAACCCGGCACAUAUCCACGCUCACCUCCGCACCCCUGCCUUCCAUCAGCUCGUGCAGCGCUGCCAGCAGGCCUACUUACAGUAUAUCCACCAUAGGUUGAUCCAUCUGACUCCGGCAGACUACGACGACUUUGUGAACAUCAUCCGAAGUGCUCGCGGGGCGUUUUGCCUGACACCAGUUGGCAUGAUGCAGUUCAACGAUGUGCUGCAGAACCUGAAAAGGGGAAAACAGACUAAGGAACUCUGGCAAAGGAUCUCCUUGGAGAUGGCCACUUUCUCACCCUGAAUGCUGGGAAAGAAAUGGCCAUUAUACCUGCAGCUAUCCCCAGACCACUAACACGGCUCAAUCCGACACACAGCUUUCUCCGUUCCCUCUUAAAGGAAGUGUAGCCAAGGCAACAUCCUCUACAAGUCCACUCACAUGACAGAACGUUUAGUCCUGAAGUCUUUCAAGUCAUGAGAAUGUGGUACAUAGCUACUGGGGCAGGGAAUUACUCCAGUUGAUGGGUCCCUCCUUUGUCGAGUCGUUGAUCCCAGUGUUGUGUCUGACCUUGUUUUUCUUCUCUCUCUCUUUUUUUGGUGUGUAUUGUCAAGUAACGUAAUGGCUAUCAAUGUUUAAUCUAUCUGUCCUAACAUCCCGCAUUCACUGAUUUCUGUGCUUUGAUUUGUUGAGUUCAUUUAGGGGGUUUCCAUUUGCUGUGUUCAUGUUGGGUUCAAAUUUGAAUGAAACCACUAAAUGUCAGGCUCAUACUGCAACAUUCCUCUACCCUCGAGAACCGAGUCUCCGCCGGUCAUAAAGGAUUUCAACGUUGGAUAAUUGAUGGCAGUGUAAAAUAAGAAAAACUUUGUUGAAACGAUUAAAGAGACAUUUAUUAUGACACAAUAAUCAAAGUACGGGUGAGGAUUCUUCAAUGGUUUGUUUUAUCUUUUGUUUUUAAUACUUUGUAUAGUAUGGUGUGUCUGAAGAGUAAGAUGAGAAAUGGAAGAAUGUUAUUGCUGAUUGAGCUAUGGGUUCCCUUUUCCAGUCAACUGCUGGUGGCUUGAGUGCUGGAACAGAGAAGUCUGGCUGGACCAGAUUACGCAGCUUUUAACUUUUGCUUUUAUAAAUGUCAGCCGUGACUUUAGUUCCAAACAAUUAGGGCUUCCAGGCAUUUAAAUUGGUUUCUUUUAAAGCCGAAAUCCACUGAUUGGACAAGUCAUUUCUGAUACAAUUAAUGGACUUUGGUAUUUGUGCAAUUUCAUAUUUCAAAAGUUGGCCUAACCACACAGUCUGGUUUUCCCUCUCAUUUCAAAAUGGGUUAACUGCUUCCCUUGGCUUAGCGUAGGUGAGUGGUCAAUAAACGUCACUGCCAGAUUCCCAUGUUCCCAGCAUCAGCUCAGCCCCAGCUUUGGAACUCAUUAGUGGAGAGCGACUGUGUAGAAAAUGUACUGUGAUAUUUUUGUAUUCUUCAAGUGUAGCUUGGUUGGGAAAAAAACAAACAAAAAUCUAUAUAAAUACAUAUAAAUAUAUAAACUGUGCUGAUUGCAAAAAUCUAGAAUAAAUGGGGGAAAGAUAAAACUAAAUUGGAACAAAGCAAUAUUAAAAAUGUAGAGUUUACUUAAUAAAGGUAAAUCAAAA